AUGCUGUCCAACACCAUCACCAUUACUCCCAGCAUCGAAACACGGGUCAUCGAGCCCCUGCAGACCUUUGAUACCUCUCGCCGAGUGAGUUUCCCGGCAACCAUCAGUCAUGAUACGUUGUCGUGGGCUCGCAAGAAGGCUGCCAGUGAAGCCCUCGUUGAACGCAUCGCGGAGAUCAUCGCCUCAUACCGCAUCAGCGGACCCGACGACCGGUAUGACGACGUAUACAAGCCCAAGCUGCUCGAGACGCUGCGAUAUUUCGUCUCCCGUCAGGAACCCAUCAACAUGCUGGUUCCGGCAUACCCUUGCAAGAGCCCCAACCGGGAUGAGAAGGUGUUGGGUCCCGAGCCCGACGUGGGCGAGCGCAUGUCCCUCGAGCACUUCAACUCGAUGGGUGCCCGCAUUCAGCAGAUCUACCCUCCCGGUGGUCAUGUCACCAUCUUCAGCGACGGAUGCUGCUAUAACGACCUGUUGGGGGUGUCUGACGAAGAGGUCUUCCGAUAUGCCGAGGGUUUGCACCGUAUCGCGGACCGGCUGGGGCUGAAGCAUCUCAAGUGGUCCGACCCCUUUGACCUGAUGGAGGGUCCACACAGCGUCCCCGUCACUGAGGAGGAAUAUGCCAGCAGCAUCGGUCCGCUCAAGGAGCACAUGUUCACGGCGUACCUGCCCGCGGGGUAUGACUUUGACGAGGCUCUCAAGACCGACCCGAAUGCCACCCUGACGUAUCGGGGCUAUAUCCGGUUUCUCAUGGACGACCUCGCCUCGUUCUUCCGGGAACAGAAGAUGAGCAAGAGUGCCGUCAAGAAGUACUGUUCCACCGUCGCCCGCAGUAUGAUCACUCGUGGCAAGGCCCUGGCGGCUCUCGUCGCCCAGGUGUCUCCCUUGCACGUCCGUCUCUCCAUCCACGCCAGCAACAACACGGACAAACUCUCGGUCACGCUGCUGCCGCACAAGCGAUACAGCGCCUUCCCCGUGACUCCCUGGCACAACACCCCUUACCUGGACACAGACAGCGACUCGCUCAGUCUGGGCCGCAAACCGACCAACGGAGACAUUCCCUACCGUCUCUGCCAGGAUGAACUGGGCCUCAACUUCCUCUGUGCCGAUGUGCCCAUGUACCGGGUCAUCGAGACUCCCGACGGCCCCACCCUGACCCAAGCUCAACCGGUCCAGAUGCACCCGUUGUAUCCCUUUGGUCUCAAGAUCAUCGUCCCCAAGGACACCUCCAUCAGUCAGUUCCGCCUCGAGGCCGUCGCCGAGCUCGCCAAGGUGCACUCCCCCAUCAUCAUCGAGGGACUGGACCCCAUGCAAUACACCACGGAGAUCGCCGAUGAUUUCCGCCUCGUGGCCGGUGGUGGACUGUCGUUGAGUAUCCUGCACGAGGGUGUUGUGACGACCAAGACCACGAACCGACCAAACACCAGUGCCCAGGCGAACGAGUUGGCGCCCAGGUCGUAUUUCGUGCAGGUUUCCGCCGCCACGGGCGACGAUGCGCAGUCGGCGCAGCAUCCCUUCCUCAAGGCGGCCGCGGCCCUGGACGAUGUGCGGUACCGAGUGUUGCACCGCUGGCAGGAGGGCCAUGCCAUUGUCUCGGACCACCGUGUGGCAUUGCCUGUGCAUCUGAGUCCGUCCAGCUUGAGGGUGGUGCGCGCGGGUCUGUAA